AUGCUAUCAAGAGCAACGGCACGAACGGCGCUGGCAGUGCCGCGCUGGUCAAGUACGCGCUUCAUUCUCCGCCCAGCACCCAUCCUCCAUCGUCGCGACUUCCACCUCGAGUCAAAAGACAUCCCAUCCUUCCUCGCGAAAGCCGGCGCCGAACUUCCAUCAUCCAUCGCCGUCGAUUCUUCAUCUGUCAGCGGGAGCAAGGAAGGCGUAGCGGUGCUCAUCUCGGCGGAUCGCGAUCCACAGGCUUCCUGGCCGGGCAAGGUCUCGCACACGGGCAAGUUCUACGGGCCCAGCAUUCUCUCUGCGCCUGUCUCAUCGCUGGCCUCGCUCGACCCAACGUUCUUCGGCCAGGGCGGCCUGGGCCUGCUCAAGCUACGCCGCACGUCUCCCACAUCCAUUGCUCAUGCAGCAGUUCGAUCCAAUACGCCUUCCAUACCCAGUGUGGACCUCGAUGCUCUCUCGCAUGGCCUAUCGAAAGAAGCGCACACCGUGAUCAACGCCAUGUGGCGCAUCUUUGAUGAGCUCGAGGGUCUAUGGUUCAGCUUCACCCUCGUUCCCUCUUCCACGGGCCUAUCGAUCGUCUCGCCGUACAUGGAGUUUGACGACUUUGCCGUCCGACGUCAGCCGCUGCUCAAGCCCUACUUCGCGUCGAGACCGCGCAAUGCCAACUCUGCGCGUGCCGAAGACGGUGGGUUGUUCUACGUCAAGCUCUCGGACGUUUCCUCUCCCACGCCUACCGUCGAAGGCAAGGUGCUGCCAGAAGGCAACGUGGGUUGCUUUGGCUACGGUGCAGGCAACGCGAUGGCCACCAUGGACGGGUUGAACGUGGCAGGUGGUCGACCGGCCAACUUCCUCGAUGGCGGUGGUGGAGCAAAUCGCGUCAAUGCAAAGCUCGCCGUCGAGACGCUCAACAGAGACCCGGCGGUCAAGGCUAUCUUUGUCAACACGUUCGGCGGGAUCACCCGAACAGACAUUGUCUCGCAGGGCAUCAUCGAUGCGGUCAAGGACGACAAGAUUGAAAAGCCCAUCGUGGUGAGGCUCAAGGGAACGGGGAGUGAGGAGGCCGCAAAGGUGCUCAAGAACUCCGGAUUGGAGUUUGCUUUUCAUGACGACUUUAAUGCUGCUGCUGCGCACGCGGUUAAGGCUGCCAACCAGGGACAUCUGUGA